AUUCAUGUACCUCUAGAAGACUAGAACCACAAUUCCCUCACUCUCCUCUCUCUCUCAAAACCCUGCAAAACCCCUCUCUUUCUCUGUCUUCUUUCUCUCUCUGUUUCCGAUUUCGAUGGCGCAGAGCGAGUCGCAGAAAAAGCAGAGGGACAGGCGGAAGAAGAGGAAGCGAGAGAAGGAAGACCAAAACCAACAAGAAGAAGAAAAAGAUGGAAAUGGUGGUGAAGAUGAGGUUCUCAGGAGGGACCCAUUUGAGGUUUUCGGUCGAGAUAUAAUGUUGAAGAUACUGCGCAACCUCGACGCACGCAGCGUGGCACUCUCUCUCCUUGUUUCACGUGGUUGGCACAGCGUUGCUUCCAGUGAUCGCCUUUGGAGCUCCAAGUGUGAGGAAUUGUGGCUUGGAAAAGCACACAUACCUCGCUUGUCACAAAUCAGGGGAUUAUCGAAGUUGGCUGCCUAUUCAUUAUCUGUCAUGGAUGGCAAGCGAACGCGGAUUAUGAAGGAUGACUUAUGUGACCAUGUUUGGGAGUUUCAUUUCAACGAGUUACAUGGAGCUUGGGCUAGUCCUUUUAGUUGCAGAGUGGUUUGGGCUCUAAAACUAAAAGGCAUACCAUAUGAAAACAUAGAAGAAGACCUUCCCAACAAAAGCAAGUUGAUAUUACAAUACAAUCCAGUUCAUAAGAAGAUCCGAGUUCUCGUUCAUGGCAGAAAACCCAUUUGUGAGUCCAUGAUCAUCAUUGAAUACAUCGAUGAAACAUGGCCUCAAAAUCCCUUGCUUCCUUCUGAUCCCUACCAGAGAGCCCUUACUCGGUUUUGGGUUAAAUUCGCCGAAGAUAAGGGUUUUGCAGUUUGGACAUUAUUCAGAAGUUCAGGAGAAGAACAAGAAAAGGCGAAGAACGAGAGUUUGGAAUCUCUGAGAACUAUAGAAGAGCAUGGACUUGGAAACAAAAAGUUUUUUGGAGGAGAAGAAAUUGGAAUAGUGGAUAUUGCUUUUGGUUGGAUGUCUCUGUGGCUUGGAAUCAUUGAAGAAAUAGUAGGUGUGAAAUUGCUUGAAGCUCAUCUAUUUCCUCGUUUAUAUGCAUGGACCAAAAACUUCAAAGAAGUCCAUGUGAUCAAACAGAACCUUCCUGAUUGCCAUGAAUUGUUGUUGCUUUUCAAGGGUGUGAGGGAACAGGCAUUAGGAUCUUCUUCUUCUUCUUCAUAAAUGGAUUAAUAGCUGGUUAAUUUUGUGUUUU